AUGACCGACAAAAUAACCCUCCACACCUACUUCCGCUCUUCCUGCUCCGCCAGGCUGCGAAUAGCCCUCCACCUGAAAGAAAUCCCCUUCGAAUCAGUCUACGUGAACCUCCUAAAAGGCGAGCAAUCCACACCCGCCCACCUGGCCAUCAAUCCAUCCGGCACUGUGCCAGCCCUCGUAAUCCAGCGUGAAUCCCAACCCCCCGUGACAAUUACCCAGUCCCUCGCUGCACUCGAGUAUCUCGCCGAAGCGUUCCCGGAAAAGGAACCGGCGCUGAUGCCCCCGGCCUCGGACCCAGAGACUCGCGCGGUAGUGCGCACGCUGUCAGACAUUAUCUCCUGUGAUAUCCAGCCUGUUACGAAUCUGAGGAUCUUGAAGAGAGUUGGCCCACUUGGUGUUGAUCGGGCUGCUUGGUCGAAGGAUCUCAUGGAGGAGGGGUUUAGGGCCUAUGAGGCUGUUGUUAAGGGGUCUGCGGGGAAGUUUAGUGUUGGGGAUCAGAUUACUAUUGCGGAUUUGUGUUUGAUUCCGGCUGCUUGGGGGGCGCAGAGGUUUGGGGUUGAUUUGGGACAGUUUCCGGUUACGAAUGGGAUUGUACAGAGGUUGGAGAUGGAGGAGGCUGUGAGGAAGGGGCAUUGGAGGGCUCAGGAGGAUACGCCGGAGGAGUUUAGGAUUAAGGAAUAA